AUGGAGUCCGAGGACCUUCGCAAGAAGCAUGACCUCGUUACGCAAGCCAGGUCCGUUUCUUGGAUCCUGAAUCUUCGACUGCCCCCCGUUCCCGAUGGGUUGCCUCCGACGUCAGGGCUUGACUGCCUCGUUGUGGCUACCCGCCGCAUCUACAGCGCGGCACUGAUCGCCGACGAUUGCCUCGCCAAUCUCAACGGGUUCAAGAAGUCCGAGGCUCAGAAUCCCAUUCUCGCCUUUUCUUGGCUCAUGUUUGGGGAGCCCAAGGGAGCUGAAGCCUGUGCCAGGGCUGUCAAGGUCAAAUGCGCUCUCCUCGAAGCCAUUCCCGAAUCCAAGGCGAGUUUUGAAGCUCUGUGGACGUCCGAUAUGAUGAACCAGACUUGCCGGGCAGACUUCGUCAAGCCGAUCGAGUGGACACGCCAAGAGGUUGCCGAGGCCAGCAUCAUCAGGCUGGACCGGGCCGCGAAUCCCCAACUUACGCUGCAGGAAGCUGUCGACAACUGUUUCGGUAUCGAAAACAACACGCUCUUGGUCCCUUACCGACCCCGAGUCAUUCGGGUCUGUUAUACCCCCGGGAUGCGUGACCGUCUUCCUUUCCAGGCUCUGCGCGAGUUCUUCCUCCCACAGGGAAGUGUGCGCACUGUCGACGGUCGGGUUAGGUACAUCCAAGACGAGCUGCCUAUGCGAUACGCCCUGAUAGCCGUUGUUCGCAUGCGGUCGGGUCCUCACGAAGGCGAUAACGUCAGGACUUAUAGGGCAUGUGGAGCGAACAUCGCGGCCCAGUGUGAGCCUCGGUCAUACACGUCAGGCACCUGGCUCAUCGGGGAGCCCUCUCCUCACAACUUCGCGUUGUUUUUCUGUCUGGCGGGGAAUGAACUUCUCAUUUCUGAGUACCCUGAACUGCAGAAACCUGCCCGAAUGAUCGAUCCAGAAGAGGAAUUGGCAGUGGAAGAGGAACUCGCUUGUGCCCUCCAACGGAUCGACUUGGAGGCGACGACGGGAUGGGCACCCCGAUUCAAAGACCCCGGAACCGAGUCACUUCCCUCGGACCCCCCCAGAUCGGAAUCCCGAGCCCCCGGGCACCCCUCAUCUUCAUCGAGCCUACCGCAGGCCCAGGACCCCGCCGCCGAGACUCGACCCGCCGUACCUCCGUUGUCCUCAUCCAGCCUACCGCCGGCCCGGGACUCCGUGUCCAAGAUCCAUCCCCCGAGUGGUCCGAAAGCACGGUCCACUACAAACCCACAGGGCCAGUCGUCGCAAGACGAACAAGUGGCUUCUGCCGAAGACUCGGCUCGCGGGAAUCAGACGGGCGCCAAUCCCAAGCGAGCACGCCCAAGGGGCAAGGGGAAGAACGCUGCACCUGGCGGCUCCGACCGAUCGAACCAUCAACACCGCGGUGGUGGCCAGGGGAAAAACGGUUCUGGGCGCGCCAGAAAUGCCAGGCAUUACUCGCCUCCCCCUUCAUCACGAGGUCAAAGGACAAGGGGUCCAGAUCGUCAAGACGACUCGAGGCGUGAUCGCGAUCAGAGCCGUUAG